AUGAACAUAAUUAUAGAAGGAGCAGAGAAUAUUGAUUCAUUACCAUAUGUUGAUGAUUCAGUUAAUGAAAAUGAACAAGAACUUAUAAAUAAAUUAAUUAGUGAUGAAAUGUCAACAUUUACACCACCAGAUUAUUUAGCACAAUUACCAUCAUUUAUAGAUAUAGAUUAUAAUAAUUUUCAAUUUUUAGAAAAUGAUUUUAAAAGAAUGGAAAAAGAAGAAAAGAUGAAAGAAUUUGAUAUUGGUAGAUAUAAAGUUGAACCGACAACAACAAUGAUAAAACAACAAUUAAAUGAGAAACAAUGGAAUGAUAGUUUAAAUAAUGCGAGAUCACAAUUGGAACAUCAAGAUAUAAGAAAGAUUAAUUUAGAGUUAUUACAACGUUACGGUGGUAACAGUUGGAAAUUAUAUUUAUCAGAUUUAGAGAUACUUCAAAAGACAUUAAAGAAACAAUUGGAUCAAAAGAAACAACAAAUCGAAGAAAUCAACAUUCAAAGAAAGUUAUCACAAGAACAAACCUUUGAAAAGAUUCAACAACAUGAUAAAAAGUUUUUAGAAUUAGUUUAUAAAAAUACUGAAAUCGAAUCAGCUUGUAAAAGUAUUGAAUUGGAAAUUGAACAACUAAAAUUAAAACAACAAUUACAACAACAACAAGAAAAUGGUGAUUUAAAUAAUAAAUAA